ACAUCCCGCGCCGCCGCUGGACUGCAAGGCUCAUCAUUCGCAGCCAUCAGGGCAAGGCCGCCGGGGGCCACUGGGCUGGGGAAGGGCUCUCUGAUGAAUCUUUUGUGUGUCUGCGGUGGCACUUCGGCCUUCCCUCUCCUCCCCUUCCUUCCUCUCUCUACGCUUCUCCAUGCGCUUUUUCCUGUGCACGAUGACAGCCACACGCUGAUCUUUACAACACAAACCUGCGGACGAGACACCAAAACACAGCGCCAGGAGGGACACACGCCCUCCUUUAAACCUGACAUCUCCUGAGUAGCGAAACGUUUGAAUUCUGUCAAACAACAACGGAUCUAUUUUUUCCUCCUUUACAUUUCUGUUGCGAUUAUUUUAAAACCUUUCUAGUCCUCAUGGCUUUACAGUAACAUGAGUGGAGGCAGAGGGUAACCCUGGGGCUUCCCGCUCCGCCUGCUGUCAGAAGGUAGGUAGUACCAGGGUCUAGCAACCCUCCUGCCCUGUCUUCGCCCCACUUUCUGCCACCUUUCCUGAGCUGGGCGUCCUUCGUUCUGGACCAGGGCCGGUGUAACAGGCUUUGAGGGACCAGCCCGGAGAGAGAGCGUUGAAUGUUGGCCUGGCCGGUCUUACAGGGUGCGGAUGAUAAAGUGCGAAUCCACCUGCGUGUGCCCUGCGUGACACACACACCCACACACCCGUGAGACCUCAGGCUUCCACCCUGCUUUGUUAGAACCGGUCUGCCCUGGGCUCGCCUCUCCAGCGCUUGGCAUAGCCUACCUCCUGCUGUCUUGCAAGGGGAACCAGUGAGUUGAAAGUGCUUUGAGCCCCCGGUUAUAUUCCGCUCUACACACCCCUGAGCGUGUGGGAAGGUCACAUUUCCCUAAGGUGCAGCAAUUCCGCUGGUUGUAUCUACGUCGGCAUACGCCAGGCAGGGCGAGAGCAGGCUGGUGUGCCUUGCAGUGUUGAUUGCACACCCCCGGGUGUUGUUACGCCCGUCUCACAGGUGGGAAAAGGGGCGGCAAGCGCGUGCCCCGAGCCCAGCGGUGCCUUGCUGGAGGGCCCGUCGCAGGGCUUCCGCCAUUUACCGGGUCUGGUGGAUUCGCCCUGUUUGGGCAAGUGAAAGCUGAGGCCCCAGCUGAGCAGCUGCUCCUGCGCCCGGGGAGGAGAUGCCGGCUGCCUUUUCGAUUUUGGCGAAAGGAAGUGCGUAUAUAUUUGGCAUUUUGUUACCGAAAGCUGAGUGGAAACAACGAAAGAGUCAGCAAGCCAAGCGCUGGCUUUCAGAAAGAGUCCCCGGCCCGGCGCAGCCCGCUGUCUUCCUGUUGUGGGCAGGGUGCAGCCUGCAACUUAUGCAAAAGAGCGUUUUUCCGCUGCGCUUGUUCAUCGAAAGGGCCCCGCGCCCGCUCCUGUUCUCUUCUGGGUCCUCUUAAUGCAGGUGCCGGUGGAGGGUGCCUUCGGCUGUAAUGGUUCCAGGGGUUUCGGGUCAAGGCAGGAGGCCUCUAACCUGAGCCGCGAGAGUUUUGCAGAGAUGGGAAAUUGUGCCCCAGCAGCCCAGCCGCCUGCCCGCCACCUCUGGCCGGCUGCGAGGGCUUCCUGAGGUGUCGAGCGGAAGAGGGCCCUCCGGCGCCCCCCUCAACCGGGCCCAGAGCAGCUCAGACUAGCACCUGGGGCGCGCCGGUGACGGCACACUGCCACACCUUGGGUUUGCCGGGGCCGCGGGGAGUCGUGCGGCCGGGGCCGUGCUGCGCUCGGCUGGUGGGUGCCCAGGGUUGUGCUCAUGCGGGGGCUCCCGUGGACGGGCUUUGUGCUGCCCCCUGGCCCAGGAGGCACCUGGCUCCACAGCGAGGGGGAGACUGGGGGUUCGGCCGCCGGGCACGUCUGUCUCCGUCCUGCACGCUGCGUUCCCCUCCGCAGGCCGGCUGCCUCUCUCCUGCCCAGAGGCAAAGUGCAGCCUUUUGAGGACGGCUCAGCCGUACGGGGCGCGUGGUGCCGUCGCGUCCUUUACGUGGCUGCUCUGAGCGCCCGCCCUUUCCGAAGCAGCCCACACGGCCUGCCCCAGGCCUCAGGCAGCGCCCAGCCUGCCCGCCGUCCCUGGCCUGGUGCACAGAGACAGAGGCGGGCGGCAGCCAUGGUCUGUCCAGCCCGAAACCAGGCCGGCUCGCAGAGGAAGCCUCCCUGCAGCCGUGAGGGCUGCCCCGUGGCCAGAGCCCCUUGGCGCUGGAGGCUGGACGACCGGGAGGGCUCUCCGAGGCGGGGCUGCACGGAGGUGCCACGGCCUGCCCUGGGCAAGUGGCUGGCUCGCGGGACCUGCUCCCAGCGUCCACGGUGGGGUUGAAGCGGAGGCCACGAGCCACCCUUGGGGCCUGCGCGAGGAGCAGCGGAGCCUGGAGCAGGCCGUGUGGUGCUCGACGUGGUGGCUUUGUGGUUUUCCUUCCGCCGUGCUCGCUCGCUGGAGCCGUCGCCCGUGCGGUUGGUGCCUCGCAGAGAGCAAACAGGCCCAGCAGGUUGUAAUUCUUCAUGGGAGGGCAAAGGGUGGCAGAGGGCAGGGGGCAUGGGCAUUUCUGCCGCGUCCGGGUUCCCCGGGUGCCUGGUACGGAUGAGAGGCGUCUGCUGGAUUGGGGCCCACUGGGGAAGCUGGGUGGCCUGGCCGCUUCUCAGCCCCCAAAAACAGGAGCAAGGAGAACAGUGGGGUGCAGAAACAUCAUGCACAAAGGGAGAGGUGCAAAUUUAGAAAUGACUGUUAGGAUUUAAUAAUUGCAACCGAAGUAGAAUCACGGUGUGUCUCCGCGUGGGGCCAGCCGACCCACCCGCUGCUCUGGCACCGGCCCUUCUUUGCUCUCUGUGCGUGAGCCGCUCUCGAACGGCACCUUGGGAGCGCGCUCUCUGGGCCGGUGCGGCUGCCCAGCCUGCCACGUGCUGGCCCUGGUCUGCGUCCGUGACCUUAUGCUUCUGCUUGCCCCCAGCCCCCCGCCGAGGAUCCCCUCCCGCCCGCCGAGAGGAGCCGGCCGCAAGCGAGCAAGAAAAUGGACUUCCCGGGGCGAGGGAGCCUCCAGCUCAGCCCGUCGUCCGGCGAGCGUUGAAGGCGGCGUGAGCACCUCCGGCCCGUGGACCCAUGCGGAGGGGGCGAGGAUGCGGGUGACGAUGCGGCGGGUGCUUCUGGGCGUGGGCUUCGCCGUCGCCCUGAUGGUCUCUGCCCACCUGGGGCAGCAGAUGCUGCAGUGCCAGCAGAUGCUGGGCCGUGGCGCCAGUCGGGGCCUGAUGCGCCCCGAGCACGAGGAGCUGGUGAUGCUGGACUCCAGCCGGGUGGAAUACCGCUAUAGCAAGGAGAUGCCCCUGAUCUUCAUCGGCGGCGUCCCCCGGAGCGGGACCACGCUGAUGCGGGCCAUGCUGGAUGCGCACCCAGAGGUGCGCUGCGGGGAGGAGACGCGCAUCAUCCCCCGCGUGCUGGCCAUGCGCCAAGCCUGGUCCAAGUCCGGCCGGGAGAAGAUGCGCCUGGACGAGGCCGGCGUGACGGACCAGGUGCUGGACGCCGCAAUGCAGGCCUUCAUCCUGGAGGUGAUCGCCAAGCACGGGGAGCCGGCCCGGUACCUCUGCAACAAGGACCCCUUUGCGCUCAAGUCGUCCCUGUACCUGUCCCGCCUCUUCCCCAACUCCAAGUUUCUCCUCAUGGUGCGGGACGGGCGGGCCUCCGUCCACUCCAUGAUCACGAGGAAGGUCACCAUCGCAGGCUUCGACCUCCGCAGCUACCGAGACUGCCUGACCAAGUGGAAUAAAGCCAUCGAGGUGAUGUAUUCCCAGUGUCUGGAGAUCGGGCGGGCCCGGUGCCUCCCCGUCUACUACGAGCAGCUCGUGCUGCACCCGCAGAAGUCCAUGCAGGCCAUCAUGGAGUUCCUGGACAUUCCCUGGAGCGAGGCGGUGCUGCACCACGAGGACCUCAUCGGGAAGCCGGGCGGUGUCUCGCUGUCCAGGAUCGAGCGGUCCACCGACCAGGUGAUCAAGCCGGUGAACCUGGAGGCCUUGAGCAGGUGGCUGGGGCACAUCCCCGCGGACGUGCUGCAGGACAUGGGCCACAUCGCCCCCAUGCUGGCCAGGCUGGGCUACGACCCCUAUGCAAACCCGCCCAACUACGGGAACCCAGACCCUCUGGUGGUCAACAACACCCACAGGGUUCUGAACGGGGAUUUUAAGACGCCUGCCAAUCUGAAAGGACACCCUCAGGGGACUCAAAAUACUACUGCUUUUCACUGACGAAGCUAGCAAUUUCCAGAUGCAGACUGCCUUUCCUUGUUCUGAAGAGAAGACAACGUGCAAACUGCAGCACUGGAGAUCUGUUAUCCAAGCAUAUUGCUUGCUACUGAUAUUGCCAAAUCGAGUGCUCUCUGUGGAUCAUUUUGGAAUCUUUUUUCCCAUUUAUUUGCCAAGUUUGGACAUUCCAGCGCCCAAGAGGACAAGCCGGCUACUUCGCUUGGACACAUUCUGUGGUAAAGGGUGACUGUGGAAAUGGAAGGGAUCCCUACAGUAUUCCAGAGGAGAUUCUCUGCUUGUCAACUGGGCAUCUUUUCGAAGCUCUGUUUAAAAGUGUCUUGUAAUUUUUGUUCUCUUACAGACCUCAGAUAGUUCUAUUAAUAUAAUCUCAUUACAGUGCUUUUGUCUUACAAGUGACAAUCCCACACUCUCCUCCUUUAAUUAUCUUUUAUUUGUAAUUUACAAAGUCAGAUAGAUUUAUUUAUUAAUUCGUAAAUAAAUAUGAAGCUGUCUCCUUUA